GCGGCAAAGAAUAAAAAAUUGGGCCUUUGGGCGCCAUGGGCUUGGGCAACCUACUGGCCUCUGGGAGCUUGGCAUUCAGCGCCCUGGAGUACAACCGGGAUGGCUUCGCGUCUGCGUGCGCCAUGCGGCAGAACCAGAUGUACCAAGAGAAGAACUAUCACAUCAACCUCAUCGCCGCGCUUCGCGAGGAGGUACGCGACUUUAUGACCAUUUUUGUGGGCAGCGGAGUUGGGCAACAAUCAAGCUGGGGUCCAGUAUGAGACGCAGAAUCGGCAUUCUGGACCUGGCCCCAAGGAAUGAGCAAUGACAUGAUCAUGGACACACUUUUGUUCGGCAUUGCGACUGGCUUCCUUUGCGAGGGAGAGCUGGCUGCAACUGCCCCUGACUUUAUGGUCCACGCUUACUACACCUGCCUGGUGCUCUCGGUGGUUUAUUUCGGGCUCUCCAUGGUUUUCGCCUUCCUGGGUACUUCUUUGGCAUAUUCCGAGAGCCGGGUCUUUCUGCUGCGCGUGGUUCCGGACCCUCAAGACAAGUACGACUUCGACUACAUGACCCAGCUGCACGAAUUCGAGCGCGACCCCGAAGCCUUUCGAUUUCCGGUGCUUGCCAGCGCCUUGGGCCUUCCGAUGGCCAAGGGCAAGAAGAUCCCCAUGGAGCAGCUGCCCAGGGGCUACGAGCGGAAAUCCGCGGAGGAGCGGACCUACUUCGAAAUUCUCGGGGAGUACAACUCCUUGUGGGAGCCGUGCUCCUCUGCCUCCAACGACUGCAUGGUGCACGGAAUCUUCAGCCUGUGCCAGGGCCUGUCUUUCUUCAUCCUUGGGCACCAUUACGAUCGCAGUCGGUGGGGCUCUGUGACUCUCUUCAUCAUGCUGGGGGUGACGGGGGUCGUUCUGGCAGACCGGCUCCACGCGAAACGCUUGACCAAGGACAAGGCAGACAAGCUUGGGGCUGCCAGCUGCGUGAUGCAAUGGUUGCUGCGCACUCUCACCGCCUUUGCGCCGCUCGCUUUCCUCAUCGGUGACUUCACCGCGCAGCAUUCCCUGGUGGCAAUAGCCUUCGUUUGCAACUCCGCCUUUCACCUGAUCUUCGCACUAAAGGCAUUCUGGGCGCGCCCGGCACCCGUGCCGCGUGAACAGAGCUACGUGUGGGAUCAGGAGGCCGGCAACCAGCGGCGUAGCCCUGAGCCCUUGCUGCAGGAGCUGCUGAACGCCAGCCGCGCGAACAGUCAGAAGACCAGCCGACUGGCCCGUGGCCUCAUCGCCGCCAGCCAUGUCUUCGCGACCUUGCCGUGGCUGAGCUUGGCGACUUGGUGCAUGUCUGGACAGACUGUUACUACCGUGGAGGUAACGAUGGCAGAGCGCGCGGUGCAGUGGCCCAGUCCCAUUUUUGACGCACACGGCAUGGCAUGUGCAGGCGGUCGUGUGUGGCUCGCCAACGAGUUUGGCCUCUUCGAGUUGUCCCAGGGGGAGUCUGGCGGAGAGCUGCGUCCGUGGGCCUGCCCUGUGCAAGAGGCGAUUCAAGACGUAACGGUAGACUGCUCCUCUGGCACUUGCUGGCCCUUGGUGUUGGACAAGACCGGGCACCUGGUCAACUGCAGUGGCAAUGCCACGGCUUCCGCCGUUGGGCACUCGUCCUCCGUGGCCAUGGGCUUUGGGGGCCUGUAUCUGCAGCAAGGGCCCAAGAUCCUCCAUCCUGCCAGCCACUUGGAGAUGGCACAUGCGCCGAACCUGCGCACUUUUGACGUCCUCAAAAACGAGGAUGUGAUCUUCCUUUUCCAGCCACACGCUGUAGAGAUGCAAACCAACUCCUCGCACUCUUCCUGGAGCUUGAGGUCCACGCUCCGCACGGCGUGCGCCGUGGACAGAUCCACAAUCCUUGCUUUGCUGCAGGAGGAUGAAGAACGUCUUCCGCAGCUUUCGCGUUUGCAGCUGCCGGAUGGGGCUGGAACGGCAUAGGGCAACUGCUUGGUACCGGUCCAGUGGAAUCAAUUGAAGGGGCCAGUUCAAUCAAUGCGAGCUACACUUUGCGCAUCUCGCUGGUGUUUGCCUCUUCUGCGGUCCCAGUUGAACUGGAUCGGUGCCCUUAGCGUGUGAAUUUAGCCCCCGGCCGACAGCCACUUUUGGCGGCGUUGGGCGGCUGCGGGUGUUCCUCCUUUGGUGAGCUGAGC